AUUAGCCCCACCCAAUCAAAUCCCUCCACGUCACCAGCCAAACCCCUCCUCCUCCUCCUUCCUUUCUCUCCCUUUCCCAAAAGCUCCACCAUUUCUCUGUUCUUCCCUGCAACCAAAAAUUGCCCCGCAUUUUCUCCAAAUCCCAAUUCUCAUGGCUCCAGCCACCGCCUCCUCGGCGGCGAGUCCAGCUCAGCGCCUCAUCCGCUUCAACCGCCGCACCUCCGCCCCGCGCCGCCACCGGUCGCCGCCCCAGUCCCCCCCGCCGAAGAAGUUCAAGCCGCUCUCCGAGGUGAUGGAGAGGGCGCGAUUCUCCGUGGCGGAGAGAACCGAUUACAGCGACGUCAGGUGCGAGCAAUGUGGCUCCGGCGACCGAGCUGAUGAGCUGCUCCUCUGCGACAAAUGCGAUAGGGGCUUCCACAUGAAAUGCCUCCGGCCGAUCGUCGCCAUUCUCCCGAUUGGGUCCUGGCUCUGCCCUAAGUGCUCCGGACACAGAAGAGUAAGAAGUUUUUCGCAGAAGAAGAUCAUCGAUUUCUUUCGGAUUCAGAAAUGUAGUGAUGAGAAAGACAAAUGUGCUUCUUCUCAAGAUGCUCGAAAGCGCCGGAGACGUUCAGGAUCAUUAGUGUUGCAGAAGAGAAGAAGAAGACUAUUGCCAUUUAUUCCAUCAGAGGAUCCUGCUCAAAGGCUAAAACAAAUGGGUUCCCUUGCUUCUGCAUUAACAGCAUUGCACAUGGAAUUCAGUGAUGAUCUCACUUACAUGCCUGGCAUGGCUCCUAGAUCUGCAAAUCAUUCCAAGUUUGAAGAUGGUGGAAUGCAGAUUCUUUCCAAAGAAGAUACUGAGACAUUGGAACACUGCAGAGCCAUGUGUAAAAGAGGAGAAUGCCCUCCUCUUACGGUUGUUUUUGAUGCAUGUGAAGGUUUUACAGUAGAGGCUGAUGAGCAGAUUAAGGAUCUCACUUUUAUUGCUGAGUAUACGGGUGAUGUCGAUUACAUUAAGCAUCGGGAGAAUGACGAUUGUGACAGCAUGAUGACCCUUCUCUUAGCACUCAAUCCAUCUAAGAGUCUUGUCAUCUGUCCUGAUAAACGUGGAAACAUUGCUCGAUUUAUCAAUGGAAUCAACAACCAUUCUCUGGAGGGUAAGAAGAAGCAGAAUUGUAAAUGUGUGAGAUACAGUGUCAACGAUGAAUGCCGGGUCUUAUUGGUUGCUACUCGUGAUAUUGCUAAAGGAGAGAGGUUAUAUUAUGAUUAUAAUGGAUAUGAGCAUGAAUACCCUACUGAAAAUUUUGUCUAAGAUAUCAAUACUGAUGUUGGCAACUCAUCGGCUAACCAUCCUAAGGAGCUAGGAUGUAAUUUUGGGCCUCAGAGAUCCCUUCCUUUUGGUUUGGGGUUAAUUAUUUUUCAUUUUCUUCUAGUUCUUCCUUUGAACCAUUCAUUGUAACUUUAAUGUAGAAUUGUAGAGCUGGCUCAUUGUGUGGCCAUGAGAAAUAGAGUAGGCAAGGAAAUAUUUUCCUUGCAUAAGUUAAGGAUCAUCAUUCUGUAAUACAGAUUUCAAUGGAAGAUAUUAUUUCUGAGUUGA